UCAAACGCUCUCUCUCAAUUUGUCAUCUUCUUCGUCAAACUUCAACCCCGAAAAUUCGAAAAAAGAAAAUACAAAAUCCCGCCUUCGCCUUCUUCUAGAAACCCUAACGCCGAGCUCUAUCUCCGUCUGUAGAUCUCAGAAGCAAAUACACCGUCGACCCGGAAACUCAUACAGCUAGUGAAAUGAAUCAUACAGAAGAAGAACAUGGAGGUGGUGGUGGUGGUUGUUAUGAUUAUGAGUUGGAUCAACUCUUCCUUGUACAUUCUGAUAUUACAUCUCUUCUCCAUCAGAUUGAUGAGCUUGUUGUGCAAACCAUGAAGCGUAGUAGUAAGACUGUGACCAAACAAGGGACUAGAGAAGUUGAGUCUUUCAGAUCUGUCUUGUCUGAUAUGCUAUCCACACUAAAGCCAUGGUUUCCUCGAUUGCAAGAAGUGAUAACGGAAUCUGAAUUGGUUUCAAAGGAUCAGGAGGAACAGCUUUUGAUGAGCACUAGCAGUGUCCGAUCAAGUAAAGAAGAAGAAGAAGAAGAAGAUUUGUUUGAUGUUGAGAGCCCUGAGCCUACUCAGUUUGAGCCUUUAGUCUCUCCUUCUCCUCUUGUGAAUUGGCGUGGUGGUGAUCAUAACGCUGACAAGGGUAGACAACUCUUUCUUUUGACACCAUUACCGUUAGGGAAAUCUGAAUUCCUUAAACAUCAGAAGAAUGCGUCAAAGCUUACGGCUAAAAGGAUUUUCCCAACUGCUGUUGCAAAUCAAUCGCUUCAAGUUUCUAAAGAAACAAGUGAUGAUGCUUUAGGAGGUGAGUUGAUGAAAACUGCAGGACUUGGUAACUCUUCACCAGUACUCAGGAGAAAAAUUCAGUCCGAGCUUCUAAUGUCCCCUUGCUUGAAGAUGUCGCCUCCAAAAUCUUGUACACUGUUUAGACCGAUUCCUGAAUCUUCUCCACCGGGAAAGCAAGGUGCUUGUAAGUCCACUUGCUCUGAACUGGGAGCUAGCACUUCUAAUGGUUCACAAAGCUCUGGAUCUUCUGGUAUAGAUGUAGCAGAGGAUCUCUGUUUAAAGUAUCCAGAGCUUUUGGGAAUACAACAUGCUCCAAUAACAAGAAAAACAGAUCUUGAAUCCUCUCCGGUUUGGUGGUUUUCUCCUCCUAAAACAUGUGUUUUUGUGAAGCCUGUGAAUGAGAAGAAACUAAUUGAUGGAACUGGUGUUUCCGGAAUGGUAUCAUCAUUUGAUUUUCCAAACAUUAAUCCAGAAGCAAAACACACUACAGAGGGAAGCAUGUCAAUGGUGGUUGAGAGUACACCAGUGUUUAAAGAACCAGAGAGCGUAAUGACGAAAAAUAGGACAAGAGCGGGUGAGAGUACUCUGAAGAAAGAGCUAUGGACAAGAUUUGAAGAAGCAUCAAUUCAAGAUGAAGAUAUACAUUUCAACUCGAUGCCAACAACAACAGUUAGAGGAACUAAGAAGAAAGGGUUCAUGGAAAGGUUAGAGGAAGCGAGUGACAAUGAGGAAGUUCAUGACUCAAUUUUAUGAUGAAAUCACUCACUUGGUAAAUGGUUUAUACCUUCUUUGUUUGUAAUUUUACCAAUUGUACUGUUCAACCUUUCUUUUACCAAAUCGUGGCUUGACUAUAUUAGAAGAACACUAGAGAUGAAUGAACAAAAGAGAAU